AUGACUUCACUAAGUCCCCGAGAACCGACGCCUGUCACGCUCCCUGUCAGCGAGCUCAUCGCCAUGAGUGAUGAGCAGCUCUGUCAGUUCAUGAAGGAGCACCGUGACGCCAAUGGCGACUACAGUCUUCCGGUUGAUGGCUGGGACAAACUAUCAAAGGACGAGCGAGAACGUCUUGCCAGCCGAUUGAAGGCCAAAGAGCGAGUCCUCUCUCUAGAUAAUGAGCCUAGCUCACGACCACUUGAUCUAGAUGCUCUAGAUGCCCGUCUGCGUCAAGCCCCACCAGAUAACCCUCCCACCGAAGUGCAAGAUGAAUCACAGGUCGCAGGGUUCUCGAGACAUGCAUCCCCAGGAGCGAAUCACCGAGCCCAUAGCAAGGAAGUCGAAACAAUCUACUACAGACAGCUGUUAGAUGAUGGUGGCCGCCCGCUGUAUCCCAUCGAACUGAUUGACGAGGUGCUCGAGAAGCCUGAAGAGUAUCGCGAGCUAAUACAGCCCCUGCAAAACUACCCUGGGAACAACCAACCUUUCAACAUAUUUUUAGAGCAGAACGCGAGGUGGAAGGACUUUCGCAAGUGGCAAAAAGACAACCGAGGUCUCGAGGACGAGAAUGAUACCUACGAAGCUUUUGUCAAAGAGACGUCGUUCUGGGAGGAGCAAAGCAAUCUCGACUGGGCGCAAAUGAGGUUCGAGGCCGAGAUGAAGAGGAAUCCAUUACAUCUCGAGUCGCAAUGGAGGUAUGAAAUGAAGGCACGCAACCGCCAGCGGCUACGGUGUCGAGAGCGCGAUUGCAACGGCCCGGCCGACUAUUUCGAAGCCGUGAAGCGUCGUCUUGCCAGUCAUGACAUUACUCGACCCUUCCAGCUCAAGGAGGAUCCCAAACAGCAAGACCAGCUCACCACAUGGACCGAGUAUCUCGGCUACGAAUAUUGGUGUCUUGAUGGACACGCUGAGGACAUGGAACGCCUGGCCCCGAAACACGACGAAGCCUGGAAAAAGCUCGUCGACGCCAAGAUCGUCGGACCUCACGAGUCCAUAGAUGACAUACGCUCCGUGGGAGGCUCACUCCGGCGAGAUAAUGACGCUCAACAAGCCCACACAGAGGUCCGCAUGGCGAAAGCAGAGGCCCAACGGGUCUUCAACUUGACCCAGGAAUCCCCAGAACGCUUUCUGAUUUCCGAGAAGCAACGGGUAGAGAUGCUGAACAAGGUGGCUCGGGAUGUCGAGCGUGCUGAACGUCGUCAUAAAAGAGUCAAGGUUCGGAAUGACAGAGUGAGCGCUUUUGUUAGCGGUACGCAUGACUAUGCCAGAGCGAAGAUGAAGUGGACUUGUCACAGUCUGUAUGUUCAGUGGGUUCUGAAACAGCUUCCGUUGGUUGAAGCCGAGAUGGCGCAGGCUGAAGAGGAAAAGUCUCGUGCAAGUCAGAACAAGGGAAAGAAGAGAAUGGUCAGCCCUCAAGAAGAGUCGCCCGCAGGUCCCAGCCAGAAGAGACAGAAGACAGGACAGGGAUCGCUUUCACCUACGAAUGGCAACUCAAACAAAUCAGCAGAGGGCACAACGCAGGGGAAAGAGAAAUCCCAAAGUUCGAGACCAAUUAAGGCGAUUGGCAAGCGUUCGUGUCGGGCUACAAACGUCUCUUCUCUUCCACCAGGCGGGCUUCGUCGCAGUGCACGCAUUGCAGCACGUCAACCUCUUCCCCAGCCAGAACCUCGUCAACUACGACCUCGACCAACGAAGAAGACCGAAAAACCAGAGACAAUCGCUGGGAGUCAAGGUAGUCUGCCUGCCUGCAUGGCCCCCGCCAAGGCGCAUCCAAAGUAG